ACGUGGUAAGUAGACCAGUACUUGUAGUAUGUUGUUAUUUGUUUGACGCUAUAUAAUCUAUAUAGACUAAAAGACACAAAAAUAUGAUAAGCAUUAUUGAUCUGAUUGAGAGUAUAGCCAAUUAAGGGGAUAUCGAUCAAAUUUAAAUAUCUGAUUGUGUGAUCAAUUCAUGGGCUCGUCCUUCCACACAGCGUCAAGAGAGGUGUCUCAAUCAUGAUCUCACAUAGUCACAUAAUAAGUCCACCAUUAUAAUAAAUUAAUCAGUGUACAAAGCUAGAGAAUGAAUAGCAACCAUUUGUUAAUAAGUUAGAAAGAAAGAAAGAAUGGCAGAUGAGGGAAGCAAGAGGUUUAGAGGAACGGUUAAGUGGUUCAAUGGCUGGAAAGGGUUCGGGUUCAUUACCCCCGACAUCAGCGAUUCAACUUCCCAAUUGGAAGAUCUCUUCGUUCACCAGACUUCCAUCCGAUUCGACGGAUUUCGUACUCUUUACGACGGUCAACGGGUUGACUUUCAGCUGGAAGAUGGCAGAACCAGAGCUAUCGACGUGGUCCCUCUAGGAAGACGCCGCCGCACUGGUGUUGUGGAGUGUUAUAACUGUGCCGGAUUGGGCCAUUUUGCUAGGGAUUGCUAUGCUGCUCCUGCUCAUGCUCAUGCUCAUGCUGAGGCUGCUGAUGCUGAGCCUGGAGGGGCUCGGGGAUUUGAUGGCUCUCGUGGUCGUGGUCGUGGUCGUGGCCGUGGCCGUGGCCGUGGUGCUGGGAGUAAAGGAAGAGUGGACUGCUUCAACUGCGGAGAGGAAGGUCAUUUUGCCAGGGAUUGUCCCAGUUGAUCUCUUUUUCUUCAACAAUAUACUUACUCGUAUUGUAUAUUUGCAGAGUCAUUAUACUGUAAUAACUGUAUAGGUUGAAUGGGUCUCGUCUUCUUCCACUUCUGCGCCUUGUUUUAUUCUACAGUAGUACAUAUUCUUAUGGUUUUUAAUCCAUCAUUUGUAACAAUACUCUGAUUGGUAUAUAUUCUUGAAUGAUACUGCAUAUUUAUAGUCCGUAUUUUAAUUUGUAGGCACUUGAAGUGAUCAUUAUAUUUUAAUGAGUAAGAGAGUUAAAUACAUGAUGUUCAGACAAUGUU